UGUUGUGUACCUUUCUUUGUCUGUGGGAGUUUAUUUGCACUGUUAAUUCUAUAAACCCGGAUGAAGUUUUUGAACGGUUUCAAACUGGGUUCUGCUUCUGUCGUCAUUUUUGCACGUCACUGGCUCUCUCGCUGUGUGACUGAGAACAGCAGCAGUGGUUAAAACUGUGGUUACGCUCUUCCUGGUCAGUGCAUGAUCUAUUUUAAUUUGUGCUUCUGAGGCCUGUUUCACGAGGCGAGUUGAACAAACUCAGAGUUGCAGAGUAAGUACGUUUUGAGGAUAAUUAAAGUUAACAGGUUUCAUGGCGCCGGUUAUCAACGUUCUCAGUCAGUCCAGGCUUUAACCCUGAAUCAAGGGCCGUUUCUCAAUGUGCGUUCUUAUGCGAUCUUGCGUCCUUGUGUUCUUGUUCUACGUCAUCAUCCACCGCCGAAGUUCAAUUCCAGUACUCAAGAACGCAAGUACCGGGGACGCAUAAAAUUACCCAGAUGUGUUCUUGAUCUCGAGGACGUAUCGGAUGCAGACCUGAGAGCACCGAACCCGCUUGAAGUCCCGGAAGUCAUGGCGAUAAAACAUUGCUCAAGCUAAACUUAAACUUACCUGUGUGUGUGUGUGUGUGUGUGUGUGUGCGCGUAUGUGUGUGUGUAUGUGUGUGUAUGUGUGUGUAUGUGUGUGUGUAUGUGUGUGUGUAUGUGUGUGUGUAUGUGUGUGUGUAUGUGUGUGUAUGUGUGUGUGUGUUUGUGUGUGUGUGUGUGUGUGUGUGUGUGUGUUCCAGGAGUUCAGGCUCAGUACAGUGUAACUCUCUCCUCUCAGAGUCUCUGUGCUGUUACUAGAUCUACAGUAAAAAUCCCCUGUAAAUUUACACCUGAUCACUCCAGUGUCACACAGAGAGAGUGGUAUCGAGUCCAGGGCUCUGAAGGAGAACCACGAGACCUGAGGAAAGAUCCACAAUACUCAGGACGAGUGUCUGUAAGCACAGAGACGUCUGACUGUGAGCUGACAGUGAGGAAUGUGAGAGUGAGUGACUCUGGAGUUUAUAACUUCAGAUUUAAAACACAGAGCAGUGACUGGAUAUCAGCCUCAUCUGGAGUUCAUCUGACUGUUACAGAUGUGAAGGUUACAGUAUCAGACUUCGAGAGCUACAAGUCACUGAGCUGCAUCACCACCUGCCCCUACAACCCCACUUAUGUCUGGUACAGGAACGGACAGUUUAAAGUUCAACAGGACAGAGGAAAUGAACUGUAUGUCACUAGUGGGGAAUCAGGCAGCUACUCCUGUGCUGUAAGAGGACACGAGGAGCUUCGCUCUCCUGCUGUCUGUGUUUUUGAUGAGAAGAGCUGCUGGAAUGUGACGUACUCCACCCAGAAUAUCUGCUCUCUGAUUGGAUCAUCAGUGGACAUACUCUGUGAUUUCACGUUUACUGAUCAUAACAAGGUCACAAAAGUGUUCUGGUUCAUUAAAGAUCAGACUGGUGUUGAGGCUGUGGAUGUGAGAGAGGAUGAGGAGUAUCAGGGCCGAGUGCAGUACACACAGAUCUCCCAGAAUAACUGUAGUCUGAGAAUCACUAACCUGAGAGAGAGAGACGCUCAAACAUACAGAUUCAGAUUCUACACUGAUGGGGGUAAAUACACCGGUGAUCCUGGAGUCUCUCUGUCUGUCACAGAUCUGAAGGUUACAGUAUCAGACUGGAGUGAGCAGUACAUGAAUCUGAGCUGCAUCACCAGCUGCACUCUGUCUAACAACCCCACUUACAUCUGGUACAAGAACGGACAGCGUGUGUCUGAGUGUAAAUCUGCCUCCUGCUCUGUAGCUGCAGUCGGUGGUGCGGUCAGUUACAGCUGUGCUGUUGAAGGCCAUGACAGUCUCCUCUCUCCUCCAGUGUAUUCUCCUAAAAACACCAGACCAGUGGUUCUUUCCUCUGGAGACACAGUGGACGGGGAUUCAGUGACUCUGAGCUGUAGCAGUGAUGCAAACCCUCCUGUUCUCACCUACUCCUGGUUUAAACAGAGAGCAGCUGCAGACACACUGCUGACAACAGGCCAGAAUUACAGCAUCAGCAACAUCAGCUCCCAGCACAGCGGACUGUACUACUGCACUGCUCACAACCAGCUGGGACAGCACAACUCUACACCCACACUCCUGGAUGUGAAGGGUAACUCUACACAGACACACCUGGAUGUGAAGGGUAACUCUACACCAACACACCUGGAUGAGUCAGAGAAUUACACAGUGUUAAUGCUCGUCAUGGUGGGACUGGCUGUCUUCCUGGCAGUAACACUCCUCUCAGGAGCUCUGUGGAUGUGGAAGAGGAAGUCGAGCUCAGCUAAUGGCCACAGCAGCACUGGUGAGAGUGGACAGCGUCACUCUCCUGCUGUUUAUGAAAAUGUCUCAGCCUCAGACAGCAGUGGAAGAGUCACCUCAGAUGAUCAGGAUGACGUUCACUAUGCCAGUGUUGUAUUUAAAAACUCCCACACACAGGAAGUGUCUCUGUCACGCAGACUUCCUCCAGACACCACAGAUUACGAGGAUGUUCAGUAUGCUGCUGUGAACGUUAGCAGGAGCACUGCUGCCAUCCAGCUUGUAGCAGACGAAGCAGCUGAUGAUCCGUCUCAGCUCUACAGCAAGAUCCAGAAACUCCCCACUUCAGCAGUGUAGCCCAUCAUUAGUCCUGUGGCCUGGGAUCUAAAAGCUAAAGAGGUAGCACUUCAGGUUCCUGGAAAAAAGCUGAGAGAGAUGUGAUAGUUCUGUUCUGUAUCUCUGUUUUAACCCUCAACACUGCUUCCAAAUCUAACAGGAGAAGAGGGACGGCUUUAACAUUUUAUUAGAGUAGAGCUAGCAGCAUUAUUGCUUUGAUCGUGUAUUAUAGAGCUCUUAUAAUAUUGUAUACUGUUUUACCUUAAACUAUAUGUUUUACAUUAUAAUCUUCAAUAAUGUGUUUGAUUUAUAUUCACAUUAUUUUAAAUGCAAAAACAAAUUGCAGUGCUUAAAUUAUUUACCUAUGAACUUGUUUUUUAUCGUGCCGUCAUUGGCUGGUCAUUUACAUGACUAAUGCUGUAAUGUUUGUUAGUGAGAUAAUCAGAUGAAAAAAAAUCCUAUAAAUAACCUGAAUUUAUCCUUAGCUCAAAUUUGACUUGCUGCCUAGUCAGUUAUGUUAGCGAGUGGAAUUGACGCUAGUCUAACCUGGUAUUAGUGAAGAAAACGGGCUAACUUAAUUAAACAAAUCCAGUUUACAUGUUAGUAAACUAGUGAAAACGUGCCUUAUCAUGUUUUUCAAAUGAGAUGGAGUCCGUGCUUUCUAGGGAGGUAAAAGAGACGCUUCAUUUUAAACCAGUCUUUCUUUAGUCCAGCGUACUGAAACAUUUUCCUGAGGUAGGGUCAGGGUUAUUAACUAGAACACCUCCACAUAUGACUUGUUGAUGUAAUUAAGGAAAUGUCCCCGCUGUACAAACUUCCUCAGCUUGUGUUUAGAUAUAAACCACUGCAGUCGAGCUUUUACAAAGCUUUUAAUACACGCAUUGCUCAUUUUAUUCUGUUAAAACAACAAAAAGAAUGAAGUUUUCUUAAGUGUAUUUAUGUUACUCUAAACACAUUAGUAAUCACUGGGAGUAAAAAUAACAGCAAUUUUUGUGAAUCGUUUGCACAUUAUUGUAUUUUUUUUGUUAAGGUUUUAUUUAAAGGAUGUAAAAGUCACUCUCAGGACAUCAACGUUCACAACAAUGAUACUUGUCUUUGUGUAACGUGUAUAAAAUGAUUUACGUGUGUUUGUUGUGAGCUUUUAGUGCUUUACGUCAGUUCAGAACUUUACUUAUGAAUGAGGAAAUAAAUCUUUUUCUUGAAAGCUUUUUUGUCUGGUUUUAACUAGAAACACGUGGACCUAUAAUUGUGAAAUUGGUGGCAUUAAUUUCAGCAGCGUCAAUGCUUUGUGGUUUUAAAUGGCGUUGUGACACACGUGAAGACACUCGUACAGACGCUGCACUGUGGGUGGAGGGUGUGUGGGUUUGUGUACGUAUGAUUGUUACUGAUACAGAUCACAUUCCAUAUACUGUAGAUUAUUAUUAUUAUUAUUAUUAUUAUUAUUAUUAUUAUUAGGAUGAUGAUUAAGUGGUUUACAUAUGAUUUGAUAGAUUAAGUGAUAGCUGUUACCGAUGUUAAAGUAAUACAGUGAUGAUAUGUAACACAUGAUAAAGGGUUUCUGUCAAAUGCAUUAUCCCACUGUGCUGAUGAAUUCUCGAUUCUGAUUGGCCAGACAGCAGUUCUGGCUGCAAAUCACAGGUUUAUAUUAAAAAGCUUAUAAUAUCUAAUACAUGAUCGUUUCUAUAUUAAGAGCUCAUUCACAGGGACUGUACGACACAUGAUGCACAAUAAUCUCAGUAUAAUAAUAAAUUAAUAAAAAAAAUAUUUUUUAUGUAUUGUGUUCAUGUUUAUGAAUAAAAAUUUCAAAUACAUUAAUCGACAACUAAUUAAAUCAGCUCAUAGUUUCAUUUUGAAAGAACUCAAUAAAGUAAAUGAUUAUAUUGUGACAUACCCGAACAUUUCAUAGUAAUGAGAUUAUCUUUAUGUUCAUUAAAAGGUCAUUACGCUUGAAGCUUUUCAGUACGGUGUGCGCGAGUGCCAUCUGGUGGUCGAAAGGAUGAAGUGCGAAUAGACUGUUAAACAACAAAGUUAUUAAGAAAGUGAGUCGUACAUCAACAAGCACAUUAUUUCUCCUCUUUUCAAAGCUCUAAAUCAUACUCCAGUAUAGAGACGGAAGGGGCGUGGCUUAGAGGAUUUUUUUAUUUUUGUUUUAUUUAUGUUUGAGCUCCUAGUUCCAAGUGACGUGAACAUGAGAGGAGCAGAGAAUAAGGACAGCUAGAAUAGUUUGCAUGACACUGUAGCAGCUAAUCCCAUAUAAUGAUAGCUUAGUUGUGCCUCCCCUUGGUUAAUGACACCCAACUAGCCUAGUCUUGAGUUAGAUAGCCAAAAAGUUAUAUAUUUAUCAGUCUGGUAGUCCUGCUAACAGUGAUACAGUAACACCUGAGGCAAGAUUUAUAAUAAACCCAACUUUUUGUCUAAUCAUGUCAUACUUUGGCAGCUAAGUUUCCACAGCCUCCAUAAAACAAAACGUUACGCUACUAGCUGAGCUGAAACCGUUGAGCUGGAGAAUUGACCAUUAUUUAUUUUGUUUCUACUGAUUUCUACUGACAUUUACAGAUCAGACAGACAGGAUAGAGAAGGAAAGGAGACAGAAGAGGGAGAUAAAAUAGACAGUAAAGAUGAGGGAGAUCAGAACAGAGGGCCGUGAAUAUCCCAAGAGGCAACAGGAACCAUCCCAGCUGAACCCAUUGAUUUGGGGACUGCAGAUAGAGGGCCAAGGUGUGUAAAACAUCACUGCUUUCCAUUCAGCAUGUUUGGCCAGCAAAAAAAAGCUCAUUCCAACCAAGUUUGUUAGAGACAUUCGAGUGGUUGUGUUAUUCAUGUGCAGUUUAUGCGGUAAAUCAAAUCCAAACCCUUCCUUCCUUCCUUCUCUAAUUUUCACAUUUUUUAAAAAAGCAAUUAGCCCUCAUACAAGAAAAAACCCCACAUGAAAACAGUCUAUUUAUAGAAACGUUUUUAAAAGCUUUUUGAUGAAGAAGAAUCUGGGCUCAGCCUCGGAUCAUUAACAGUCCAGCUAACACCCCUGGUCCAUAGGCAGACCUGUGUGUCCUUAAAAAACAGACAAUAUCUGCAAGUAAUAAUCUAGGUUCGUUAUUACUUUCAUUUAAAUAUCGAUGAAAUUUACUUGAAUUAAAUGUUUAAUUGUGUGUUAUUGCCUGUGAUGGACAGAGACAGAGUGAAGUUUAAAGUGAAUUCUUAUACACAGCACGAGAGUGACCCUUGACCUGCACUGACACUACUGUCACACUGUAAGUGAGGCAUUUCCCCUCAUCACCAGCAGAGGCAGCACGCUCCUGAACUCUACAGCAACCUCUGACACUUUCGGGUCACUUCCUGAUUUUCUGCUAUAUUAAACUCUCUGAGAGGUCACACAAACACACAAAUACACACACACACACACACACACGCACACACACAGACACGCAUACACACACAACCAUGCACACACACCCACAAACACUCCCACAGGAUGUAUUAAACACACUAUACUAUAUGACUCAUGCACUGACCAGCAAGAGCGCAACCACAGCGUAACCACUGCUGCUGCUGUCCUCAGUCACAAA